AUGCCUCUCCUUCAUCAUGUCCUUCUUCUCGGCCUCCUGCUGCUCCUCUCCUUGUACACUCCGGCGAGCUCCACCAUCGCCGACGCCUUGUCACCUGGCCAUGCACUCGUCGGCGGCGACAGGCUUGUUUCCAAUAACAGAAAGUUCGCCCUCGGCUUCUUCAAGCCCUCAUCCGACACAAACCACAACUCGUACCUUGGCAUAUGGUUCAACAAGGUCCCCAAGCUAACCCCACUAUGGACCGCCAACGGCGAUAACCCGGUGGUGGACCCCACUUCACCGGAGCUCGCGAUCUCCGGUGACGGGAACCUGGUCAUCCUGGAUCAUGCCACCAAGUCCAUCGUAUGGUCCACCCAUGCCAACGUCACAACCAAUGACACCGUUGCCGUACUACUGAAUAGUGGCAACCUUGUCCUGAAAAGCUCCUCAAACUCGUCCGAAAUCUUCUGGCAGAGCUUCGACUACCCAACAGAUACACUUUUCGCCGGUGCGAAGAUUGGCUGGGACAAGGUCACCAGCCUGAACCGGCGUCUUGUUUCUAGGAAAAAUUCGAUUGAUCAGGCUCCCGGUAUAUACUCGUUGGAGCUGAGGCUCAGUGGGGAUGGUUAUCUGCUAUGGAACUCAACUGUGCCAUAUAGGUCCAGCGGGGAUUGGAACGGACGAUACUUCGGCUUAGCGCCGGAGAUGAUCGGAGUUGUCAUGCCAAAUUUCACAUUUGUUCACAGCGACAAAGAGGCUUACUUCACAUACACCCUGCAUGAUGACACGGCGAUCGUGCACACUGGAAUAGAUGUCUUUGGGAGAGGUUUUGCAGGCAUGUGGUUGGAAGGGUCACAAGACUGGCUAAUCCAUUACAGGCAGCCGGUACUUUACUGUGACGUGUAUGCAAUAUGUGGGCCAUUCACAAUUUGCGACGACAGCAAGGACCCAUUCUGCGAUUGCAUGAAGGGCUUCCAUAUAAGAUCGCCAAAGGAUUGGGAGCUUGACGAUCGAACAGGUGGGUGCACGAGGAAUACUCUGUUAAGUUGCGAUAACAGCAAGGGCAUGACAGGCCUCACAGAUAAGUUCUACCCUGUGAAAAGCGUUAGGUUGCCUCACAAUGCUGAAAAUGUGCAGGUUGCAACCAGUGAAGAUGAAUGCUCGCAGGUGUGCUUGAACAAGUGCUCUUGUAUUGCAUAUUCCUAUGGGAAAGGUGGCUGCUUUGUUUGGCAUGAUGAGCUGUACAAUGUAAAGCAAUUAUCUGAUGAUUCUUCUGGUGGAAAUGGGGAAGUUCUUUACAUUCGCCUUGCUGCAAAAGAGUUAGAAAGUUCAGACACGAAGAAGAGUGGAAAAUUAAUUGGUGUUGCCAUAGGUGCAAGCACCGGUGGUGCUUUGUUUUUGAUGAUCCUUCUACUGAUAGCUUUGAGGAUAAAAGAGAAAUGGUUUACUUACACACUGCAAAGGCAUGAGGGUGGCAUUGGAAUCAAGGCAUUUCGAUAUACUGAUUUGCAACGGGCCACCAGAAACUUUUCAGAGAAGUUAGGGGGUGGAAGUUUUGGUUCUGUAUUUAAGGGUUACCUAAGUGACUCUACCAUAGCAGUGAAAAGGCUGGAUGGUGCCCGUCAAGGAGAGAAGCAAUUCAGGGCUGAAGUGAAUUCAGUUGGAAUCAUCCAGCAUAUUAACUUAGUUAAAUUGAUUGGGUUAUGUUGCGAAGGUGAUAAUAGGUUACUUGUGUAUGAAUACAUGCCAAAUAACUCCCUUGAUGUUUGUUUGCUAGAGGGUAAUGGUAUAGUGUUGGAUUGGACUAUCAGGUAUCAAAUAGCUAUUGGAAUUGCUAGAGGCCUUGCUUACUUGCAUAAUAGUUGUCGGGAUUGCAUCAUUCAUUGUGAUAUCAAGCCAGAGAAUAUACUUCUAGAUGCAUCCUAUGUGUCUAAAAUUGCAGAUUUUGGAAUGGCAAAGAUUUUGGAGAGAGAAUUUAGCCAUGCUAUGACUACAAUGAGAGGAACUAUUGGGUAUCUAGCUCCUGAAUGGAUUAGUGGAACAGUUGUUACAUCUAAAGUAGAUGUUUAUAGCUACGGGAUGGUUUUGUUUGAAAUCAUAUUAGGAAGGAGGAACUCAAGUGGCAUCAACCUCGUGGAGGUUGAAAGGGCUUGUAAAAUUGCAUGCUGGUGCAUUCAAGAUCAUGAAUUUGAUCGACCAACCAUGGGUGAAGUGGUACAGUACCUUGAGGGUCUGCUUGAACUCGAUAUGCCACCGUUGCCGAGACUCUUAAAUGCUGUCACAGGAGGUUCACAUCUAGCGACACCACAAUAUUUUGAGUCACUCUAA